AUGCUGAAGACGUUCUGCGAUAAUCAUUUGACGUGCUCUUUCGGUGAUCGCGCGAAUCGUACGUGUACAGGCACAAGGCUCUCUCAUGGCAUGGAUCAUCGAACCAAGGACGGCAAGACUUCUGGCGCAGGCCAGUACACAUCAGACCUCACCGCGGAAUCGUAUCUACCAGUAUGGAUAUCGCUUCUCAAACAGGAAGUCAACAUAUGCGAGCAAGAACACCUGGAAGCCUUGGACGAGGAACCACGGGAUGUUUCAAGCAGACGAAUAGCGAGCAACUUGCAUUUUGAACAGAUGGACGAAUGUUUUACCGACCUGGGAACAGCUGCGCCUUUCAUAAGUCAUGUGAGCUGCUUUGGUUGUCUGGUCAAUAUACCGUUACAUCCUCUACCAUGCGGUCAUGUGCUUUGCGACACUUGCAUCAGAAGUUGCGGCAAGAAAGUUCAUGGCAAAAUACAGCUAGAGUGUUGCCCACUACACAUGUACACCAGCUUCGAACCGCCUUGGGAAGUCACUUAUCUAUCUGAUGAUGUAGGCGUACGAGUACUAUCACUCGAUGGCGGCGGUAUGCGAGGCAUCAUGGAGCUCGAGGUCUUACGAGCAAUUGAGAAGAGCUUGGGAGGGAACAUACGCAUACAAUCGUUCUUCGAUCUGAUCGUUGGCACGAGUACGGGAGGUAUCAAUGCUCUGGCCUUGGGAGUCAAGCAAUGGUCCGUUGGCUACUGCAUCGAGAUGUUUGAGAAGUUCUGCGACCAAGCUUUUACCGAGCGCGAGUUCAGAGGUGUAUGGGGUUUGGAACAAGCUGCCUUGUUGAAUCAUGGCAGCAAAUACAAAGCCACGCCUCUGCAUAAUGUUCUGAAAGGGACGCUCGGUAAAAGUCCUCUGUUUGGCGCUAAUGACUCUCUAAACGCAUUCAAGACCAAGGUCGCUGUUACGGCUACCUCCGCUGACGGAAAGGAGGCUAUGAUCUUUGCCAACUACAGUCGUCCGCAAAGUUCAGGGGACAGCCAAACCUUUAUCCGACCAGGGAAUCCUUCGAAUGAGCUUGAAGUUUGGGAAGCAGCAGCGGCCACCUCUGCAGCGCCGUUCUACUUCAAGCCUUAUACUCACACAAAGACUGGAACGAGCUACAUUGACGGCGGGUUAUAUCACAACAACCCAGUACACGUGGCAAACAGAGAGCGAAAACUUCUCUGGCCUGCAAUUGCGAAUAAGCAUCCUGAUAUGCUGUUAUCUAUUGGCACAGGCCAAAAUUUGUCUGAGCAACGAACAGAGGCAUCAGAACGGCGUGCAUCGAGUCCCAAAGACGAUACUACACCGACUGCUCAGACGAUCAAGUCAGGAGGCAUACGCCGCACUUUCAAUGCAUUGUAUCAAAGAUUCGACAAUAUACUUGACGCUGAACACACCUGGACCGAGUUUGAAGCCGAUGUCAACAAUCUGAACGAUGGUUUCCCAAGCCCUUAUAUACGCCUCAAUCUGGAUCUUAAGAGCAAGCUACCACCUUUCGAUGCCAAAGACAAGUUUCAAGAAUUUCGGACCGAAGUAAGACGGAGACUCAAGGACCCUGACGCGAUGAGGAUGGUGAAAGACGUUGCUUGCUCUCUUGUGGCAAGCUCUUUCUACUUCAAGCUGUCCAAGACUGCGCCAUUACGAGGUGGGAGCUUCAUGUGCACUGGCUAUAUCUGCUGCAGAUUCGAGGAAGGCUCAGCGAGUCUGAAAGCCCUAGGCGAGUUUUUGUCGAAUCAGUGUCAAGGUCAAGCUCACGGAAAAGCUGAUAUCGAGAUUGACUACCUAUGGUAUGCUGAGGAUACCUCACAUCGACUUUGA